AUGCGGUACCGGCCGGCCAGCGGCCAGCCGACACAAUACCGCCUGAUGCUGCCACAACAUGCCGACGGGAAAACACCUCUGCCGCUGGUCCUUUCGUUCCACGGGUGGGCCGGCAACCUGUCGGAGCGGCCCGUGCUCCUCGCGCACGGGCGGCAGCACGGCUACAUCGUCGCCGCACCGACCGGCUUUGCAGACGAUUUGUGGCCGUCGUGGAACGGCGGCGGCAGCACACGCUCUCCAGGCCGGCUCGGCGCCACCUGCCUCGACCCGACGGGCUCGCUCUGCCUGGGAGGGGCUACUGCUACGCCUCCUGCGGCACGUGCGGCGGCGCUGCUCGACGAGCUGCUCGGCGACGUGUGCGUCGAUGCGUCCCGCGUCUUUGCGACGGGCGUGUCCAACGGCGCCAUCUUUCUGUACGAGCUCGCCUCCGACCCGCGCACCGCCGGCCGGUUCGCAGGCUACGCGCCCGUGGUUGGGUCCCCUCAUGCCGGCUUCAACGCGCCGCCGCUGCACCCGCCGGCGGCCUUCUUUGGCGUGUGGGGCGAGCUAGACACGACGGUCCCUCCCGCCGCCGCCAACGCAAGCG